AGAGGCCACUGCUAUGAUCAUAUCUAUGGCUUAGAUGGUCCAAUGGUGCCAGUGAAUUCUGAAAGACACUUGAUUGAUUGUUUCUUUUAGCAUCAUUCUUGGACCACUGCCAAUCUGCCACACAAUAUCAGAUCCAGCCUCUCGGCAGUCUCUACCAAAGCUGACGAAAAGGGCAACACCAAUGCAGCAGCAGCAGCCGCAACAACAAUCACUUCCUCCAUCCUCAAACCCUUUCAAAAGACCAUUAAGGUUCCUUCUAAUAACCAUUUUCUGCUCACUUUCUUACAUGCUUGGCUCUUACAGCAACACUUCCAACUUCUCUCUCCCUCAGCAGGAAAACCAUAACUCACCUCACUGUUUACAGCUAAAUUUCACUACCCACAACGACUUUUCACCUCAUCUUAACUUUGAACCACUCCACAAACUCCCUCUCCCUCAAGAACCCAUAAAAAAAUUGAGCUUUUGCACUGCUAAUUUCACCAAUUACUUACCCUGCCAUGACCCACAUAGAGAAAGAAGGUUCAGUGUUCAAAGAUUCUCUCACAGGGAAAGGCAUUGCCCUGAAAGUGAUGAGAAAGUUAGGUGCUUGAUACCAAGGCCUAAAGGUUAUAAAAGGCCAGUUCCAUGGCCUAAAAGUAGGGACUUUGUUUGGUUCAAGAAUGUGCCUUUUAAGGGGCUGGCACAGUAUAAGAAAUCACAGAAUUGGGUUAGAUUGGAAGGUGAUAAGCUGGUGUUUCCAGGUGGUGGGACUUCUUUUCCAAAGGGAGUGAAGGGUUACAUUGAGGAGAUAAAGAAAGUUUUGCCUUUGAAAUCUGGGAAGAUCAGGACAGCGCUUGAUAUUGGAUGUGGGGUUGCUAGCUUUGGAGCCUUUCUGUUGGACUAUAAUAUAUUGACACUAUCAUUGGCGCCAAGAGAUAUACAUGAAGCUCAGGUGCAGUUUGCCUUAGAAAGAGGAAUUCCAGCCAUGCUGGGUGUUCUAAGCACCUAUCGGCUUCCAUUCCCGUCAAGAUCUUUUGACAUGGCUCACUGCUCCAGAUGCCUGGUUCCAUGGACUGAAUAUGGUGGACUUUAUCUUCUGGAGAUUGACCGGGUUCUGCGCCCCGGUGGCUACUGGGUACUUUCGGGGCCACCUAUAUAUUGGAGGUUUAACUACAAAGGUUGGCAGAGAGAGCCUAAGGACUUGGAAAAUGAGCAAAUGAGAUUGGAAGAUCUUGCUAGGAGACUCUGCUGGAAAAAGAUUGCAGAGAGGGGACCAAUUGCUGUGUGGCAAAAGCCUACCAAUCAUUUGCACUGCACCCAAAAGAGUAAAACUUGGAAAUCACCCAAAUUUUGCACUAUGCCUGACCCUGAUGCUGGUUGGUAUGUAACGAUGGACUCAUGCAUUACUCCUCUUCCAAAUGUAAAUAACAUUCAUGAAAUAUCUGGAGGUGGUCUUGACAAUUGGCCUAAAAGAUUGAAUGCCGGUACUCCCAGAGUGAAAAGUGGAACUAUAGAAGGAAUUACAAUUAAUUCAUUUAAUGAAGAUAAUCAGUUAUGGAGAAAAAGAGUUUCAUAUUAUGGGGUCAUACUCAAGUCACUUUCUGAUGGUAAAUACAGAAAUAUUAUGGAUAUGAAUGCUGGAUUGGGUGGUUUUGCCACAGCAAUGGAUAAGUAUCCAGUUUGGGUUAUGAAUGUGGUUCCUUCUGAUGCCAAAAUGAACACCCUUGGUAUUGUGUACGAACGUGGUCUCAUUGGAACUUAUAUGAAUUGGUGUGAAGCCUUCUCAACCUACCCUCGCACGUAUGAUCUGGUACAUGCCUACGGUGUAUUCAGCAUGUAUAUGGACAAGUGUGAUUUUAUCGACAUCCUCCUCGAAAUUUAUCGAAUACUUAGGCCCCAAGGAACUGUCAUAAUAAGAGAUCAUGUGGAUGUUGUUAUGAAACUGAAGGACAUUACAGAUCAAAUGAAAUGGAAUGGCCAGGUUUUACAUACUGAGAAUGGUCCUUUUCAUGCUGAGAAGAUACUAUUAGUUGACAAUUCUGAAGACUAGUUUAUCCUAACAUCAUUUCAUUGGAGAACCAACCAAUUUUUCCAGUUUGUAGAUACAUGAUUUUACACUAUUGUAUAUUUAUACUCUUUUACAAAUUAGGAACUCUGAUCAACUUUUCAGUUGAGCAUUAAAUUUUCGAAGUCAAUUUAUUUGAUAAAUAAAAUUGCUUGAAUUUA